AUGAACAACAACGCCUCAUCUAGAGCAGUCCAGUGGUUACCACACUACGAACCACACCAAGUUCAAGAGAUCACUCCGUGCUUCAAUGCCAUAAGUAUGACGUCACCAUCAGGAUCUUCCCUCGGAGACGGUGGUGUUGCAGCGGCGCAUGAAACGGCCGGAAGGAGAUCUAGGGCUCCGAAGAGAGCCAUACCAACUACUCUCCUAAAUGCAAACCCUAGCAAUUUUCGAACUCUAGUUCAGAAAUUCACCGGACGCUCUGCGGUUGGUGAAUCCAUCCGCAGAAAAGGUCCGGUGACUCUGGAUUUCAGGUCUCCAACUACAAUCUCUAAAGAAGCCAUUUUUCCGGUCUCCGGAGACCGAAAUAAUUAUGAUAAAAUUCAUGAUCAUGCGCUUACCAGGCAUGUGAGUAGUGAGCAGCGUCACCCGACUUGGUCAGGUGAGGAAGUAAUGACGUUGUAUCAAUCAGGUGAAAAAAGUAACUCGGAAUUUAAUCAAGAUCAUGAUCUUUUGAGAGAAUAUUCGGGCAAAAACAGUUAUGAUGAGAGUUUAGAUCAUAAGGAUUAUUGUUAUCAUGAUUUUUACCUGGAAACGGCAACGUUGGAGGAGUUUAUGCUGAGAGAUCUUGAUUUAUAA